AUGGUAGCUGGUUUUGAUGUUUCAAAAAAUCAUAUGACAAGGGACCCUGAGCGUAAACAUAAAAAUUCAAAUAAAAUGGUACAAUCAUCCCAGACCUCAAAAACACCAAAGAAGAAACAACAGUCUACCUUAAGGUUAAUAAAGGAAUCAUUGAAAUUUAAAUCAUCAUCAAAAAACAGUUCUAAACCUUCGAAUAAUAAUAUUGAUAAAUCUGAGUCAGCUUCAAUGUUUAAAGACACUCUGAAGCGUUCAUCCAUUAGUAACAAGCCAAGGAAUCUAGAGAAAAGAUCUUCAGCGCAGAGAGUCUCAUUAUUUAAAUAUUCUAAUGUCCAAGUAGUCAACUGCUCAGCACCUUUAUCUCCGGUUCAGAUACGGAAGGAUUCAGUUUCAUCAGGAAGCACAUCUACUAGUAGAAACUACGAUAUUAAUAGUAGUCUUUCAGUGAAAUCAACAAGCACUGUAACGAUGAAAUCUAUUUCAUUAGUUUCUCAUGGUGUUAUGGAGGUCUAUCAAAUACUCACUCCAACGAAAGAUCCUAAUGAAACACCGCAGAUGAUGAAUUAUUUCUCUUUAGGUCGCAAUGGUAAAAUUGUUCAUCCUAUACUUCCAAGAUUACAGGUAACAAGGUUACAUGGAUAUGAAGCUUCUUAUUCAGUUCUUUUCUAUAACCCAACGAGAUAUUGGAGAAUUGAUUUUUUACCAGUUGAGAAUCUUGUAGAAAAGAAUCAACUGAAUAGUAUUUUAGCUGAUUUUGAAUCUGUAAUAUCUUCAAUAUGUGAAUUUAGUAAGGAGUCUGAAUAUACUAUCCAUAAUGAUAGUAGAUAUUUACAAAAACAAAUUAUUGAACCAAAACUGUUAACGCCAGUUACUAACAACGAGCCCAAUAGAUUAUUUGAGAACCUAAAACAUACUGAUGCUAUCAUAUCUGCUGCAAAUAUUAAUAAUAUUCAUACAUCAAAUAACGAAAAAGAUAAAACUAUCACUAAGACAACCUAUAGUGAUUACAAUUAUAACCAUAUAUUUCUCCAUCGAGGGACACAAACCAAAGAAGUUAUCAAUGAAAUAGAAACGAUAAGUAUUCCAAGCCCAAUUGAAACCGUAAAACCCAUUCCCAGCACAGAGGAUGUUGAUGAUCAAGAUGAUUUAAAUUAUUUAUUGUUCGAGGAGGAAGAGCAACCUCAAAAAGAUCUUAAAAUAUAUGACGAUAUUUCAAGAGUGAAUAGUAUUUCUGAAAGGAUUUUGUAUGACAAUAACUCUUUCUAUUCGUCAACUACUGAUUAUUUUGAACAAGAUGCUGAAAUUAAUCAAGCCUUUAAAAGAGCCAUUAGAAAUUUUGGCCCAAACAGGAACUUAAAGGAAAAAAUAUAUGAGCAUUCAAACCACUCUGUGGCUACGAAGAGAUUUAGUUCUUAUCAAGUGGGAUCACUUGCGUAUCCCGAGGUUAAUACACAAAGAGGUUCUAAAACUUAUCAAUUUAGGACAUUGUCUCUAUAUCUCCCUAAUGACAAAGGUGCACCAACUAAUUACUUUCAAUAG